AUGGAUGUGAUGCCCACAUUUAGCAGUGAACCAGUUCCAUCAGGUCUACAGUUAAGGGCUGAUCUGACCCAGGAUCUAGGACCCAGGAGACACCUGCACACUGGACAUACACCAGGCAGAAAGAGGGAAUUAGAUGAGGACCUGAGGAGAGUUAUAAAGAAUCACAAAGCCAGUCUGAAGAGGAGGUUUGAGAACAUCUCUGAAGGCAUCAUCAAACCAGGAGCUGAGAUACUCCUCAAUAAGAUCUACACAGAGCUCUACAUCACAGGAAGAGAGAGUGAAGGGGUGAACAAGGAACAUGAGGUUUGGCAGGUAGAGUCAGCGUCCAGAUCUCAAUCCACAGAAGACAUACCAAUCAACUGCAACGACAUCUUCAAGCCCUUACUUGGACAGAAGAAGCACAUCAGAACUGUGAUGACCAAAGGUGUAGCUGGUAUUGGAAAAACUGUCUCUGUUCAGAAGUUCAUUCUUGAUUGGACAGAUGGGGUAGCCAAUCAUGAUGUAGAUUUGAUGUUUCCCCUUUCUUUCCGUGAGCUUAAUUUAGUCAGGGGUGAUCAGUACAGUCUUCACAGGCUCCUGCUUGACUUCCACCCUGAGUUGAAGGAGCUGAAUGAUGGUGAAGGAUACAAAGACUGUCAGGUUGUGUUCAUCUUUGAUGGUUUGGAUGAGAGUCGGUUGACUCUGGACCUGGAGCAGAACAGUAAGUUGUCUGAUGUGAAACAAACAUCAUCAGUGGAUGUUCUGAUGACGAGCCUCAUUCAGGGAACUCUGCUUCCCUCUGCACUCAUCUGGAUAACCUCAAGACCAGCUGCAGUCAGUCAGAUUCCUGAUCAGUUCAUCGACCAGGUAACAGAAGUACGAGGAUUCAAUGAUCCACAGAAGGAAGAAUACUUCAGGAAGAGAAUCAGAGAUGAGAGUCAGGCCAACAGAAUCAUCUCACACAUUCAGACAUCCAGGAGUCUCCAUAUUAUGUGCCACAUUCCAGUAUUUUGUUGGAUUGCAGCUACUGUACUUCAGCAGAUGCUGGAAAAGAAAAACAUCGAAGACAUUCCCAAAACGCUGACUGAGAUGUUCAUACACUUCUUGCUCAUCCAAACCACAAGAAAGGAUCAGAAGUAUCAGAGUGUAUCUGAAACAGAUACAAAGAAACUUCUGGAAUCUCAGAGGAUCAUUUUACUGAAGCUGGCAGAACUGGCUUUCAAGAAUCUAGAGAAUGGCAACCUCAUGUUUUAUGAGGAAGACCUGAGAGAGUGUGGCAUUGAUGUCAGUGAAGCCUCAGUGUACUCUGGCAUGUGCACUGAGAUCUUCAAGACAGAAACUGUUGAAUCUCAAAAGAAGAAGGUCUACUGCUUUGUGCAUCUGAGUGUCCAGGAGUUUCUGGCAGCUGUGUUUGUGUUUCACUCGUAUUUGGCUAAGAACUUCGAGGCAUUGACAUGCUUCCUCGGCGAAAAGGAAAGAGAUGAACUCAAUCCAUCAUUUUUAUCUUCUCUUCAAUCAGCACUAGGAUUGAAAGACAAUUUACAUGUUUUACUGAAGAGUGCAGUUGAUAAGGCUUUGGAGAGCCAGAACGGACACCUGGAUCUCUUCCUUCGCUUUCUUAUGGGCAUUUCUGUGGAGAGCAAUCACACACUUCUGCAAGGUCUACUGAGCAACACACACAACAGUUCUUAUAGUAUCAAGGAAACAUGUCAGUACAUGAAGAAGCUCAACAGAGAAGGUCUCUCUCCUGAACGAUGCAUCAAUCUUUUCCACUGCUUAUUUGAAAUGAAUGAUGAUUCCAUGCACAAAGAAAUUCAGACAUACUUGUCAUCACCAAAGAACAUCAAACAGAAGUUAUCUCCUGCCCACUGUUCAGCACUGGCCCACAUGCUUCUGAUGUCUGAGGAUAUGCUGGAGGAGAUUGAGCUGAAGAAAUACAACACAUCAGAUGAGGGACGCAGGAGACUGCUCCCAGCUUACACACACAGGAAGGUGACGCGGGUGAAUAAGGAGCAGCCGUAUCCUGACCACCCAGACAGAUUUACUGACUAUGAACAGGUGCUGAGCAGAGAGCCUCUGACUGGACGCUGCUACUGGGAGUGGGAGUGGAGUGGGUACGGUGUUGAUAUCACUAACUCCACACUCAUUGAGCUCCUCUACUGUGUGCUGCUGUGA